GGUAAGGAGGAUGAGACUUGAGUCUGAACGACUCAAGAACUGAGCAGCAGAGGUAUCCUGGCUCCUCUCCUUCCAGGCUGUAGACAGGGAUGUCUUUCCCUAGAGUAACUGAGAACACAGAAGGGGAUGAUUAUGAGAACAUGGCUCCAACUGAAGAAGACCUUCCUCCUGAGCCAGGGACCAGGAAGUUUCCACGUCCAGGUAGCAGACUGGGAUGGCUAAGAGGUUCAAUAGUUCCCCCAAGACCUCCCCGAGCAGGGAAGAAAAUAAUGAAACCAGCACUUCCCAGCAAGUCCCCACAAGCAGCAGGCUUGAGUCCUGCAGUUGUGAACUGUCCCACACUUCCCCAGAUGGGCUUGCACCUGAACUCCCCUGCCUAUCAACUAUCCCAGAUGGCUGCUCCCAAUCCCCAGCCCAUUCAGGAGUUUCAGCCCAGCCAGGUACCCCAGCUCAUCCAGAUGCCCCAGCCCAGCCAAAUGAUCCAUUCCAAUCAAGGAUUUCAGUUCACUCAGGUAUCUCAGCUCAGCCAAGGAUCCCAACUCACCCAGAAGCUUGAGUCCAGCCAGAAAAGAAAGAUCCCCCAGUUCAGUCGGAAGGAGAAAAUGACAGUGUGUUUUUGUAUACUGGUGGGGAUAUCAUUGCUUCUGGGAGUGACAAGCCUUGCUGUGACCUUGAUGAAGUUGACUGGACCAAGGGAUCUGGUUGGACUAAGGAAGUACAUUGAUCGAAUCCGAGAUGACACCAACCGAACCAUAACUGAACUUCGAGAUAUAAUUGACUGUGCCAGAAAGUCCUGUCCAAAGAAUUGGCUUCUUUUUGGGAACAGCUGCUACUUCUUCUCAACAGUAACCAAGAGUUGGGAUGCUGCCAGUAUAUUUUGCUUGGAGAAUUACUCUCAUCUGGUUAUCAUCAGCAGCACUGAGGAACAGAACUUUGUGACCCAGGCCCGUAGCUUAUUCCGGACCUAUUGGCUGGGGCUGACUGACAGAGAAACGGAAGGGAAGUGGCAAUGGCUGGAUGGUUCUUCUCUUAUUUUAAGGCAAGUUCUGUUGUCUCCAAGGUUUCUACCUCUCCUGCAAUGGAGCCAGAUUGUGUGGAUAGAAGAAUUUUGAGGAAAACAAGUAUACAGAUAAGUGAAUGCAAAAUAUAUACAAAAAGACUUUGUAUUUGCAAAGUUGAUUAGUCCAUCAAUUUGUUGAGUAGGAAGUGCAUUUCAGGGAUGGAGGAUGCAUCAGAUACAGAAGAGUUAAAGAAGGCAAGAUUAAUUCAGGUGAUGGCUUGUCUUCCCAUUUGAAAAAGUAUGUAGUUUGCCUGAAGGGGAGCAAUGUGAAGAAAUGACAACUAAGACUGAAGCCAGAUUGUGAGAGGCUUUAAACACCAGAAUGAAGAGCCAAUAUUAUCCUUGCUGACACAGAGCAUGAUGCAAAGCUGGGAACAAAGGAGAUACUUAGUAAAUAAGGUUAAUAGAAUGGGGAUAACCCUUUCAAGACAACCAAAACUUAGGGGAGUUCUGACAAUGACUUCCUGUUAAAAAAAAUUAUCCUUCCUAGAAGCAAUAUUUUGAGCGAAUUAGGGGAGGAGAAAGAGUAGGAGGAGGAAGAGGAGGAGAAGGGAGAAGAAUAAAUUAGUUUGAGAGAGACAGAUUUCCACUUGAAUUAAGGGAAAUUUUCCUAACAAUUAGACUGCUCCAAAGUGGGAUGAAUUAUCUUGGUAUGUCUGGUGAAAUUCCUAGACUCUACCAAUGGAUAUCAUCAAAAGCUGCAUGACUACUACUAAUUGUAGAUAUUGUACAAAGGGAUUCCUGUUCAGCCUUGGGCUGAUACAGAUCUCUUUUAGCUCUAAUAACUGGUAUUUAUAUAGCACUUGAAGAUUUGCAAAGUACUUUAAAAAUAUCUGUUUGGAUCCUUACAAAUCCUGAGAGGUGGAGGAUUUUAUAAUUCUCAUUUUACAAAUGAGGCGACAGAAGCAGAUAAAUGUUAACUGACUCGCCUAGAGUCACAUAGUAAGUAUCUAAGGAUUUGAAUUCAGAUAUUCCUGACCUGGAGUCUAUCAUACCACCACUGUGCUUCUCAAGUGGGAGAGAAUAAGUGAUCUGAGAUAGAAUUAUGCAGUACUCAAGAGGAAGGACAAGAGCUAGGAAGAGUAAAUUGGAGCAGGAGAUGAUAGAAGUGCUCAUCAAGAAAAUUUAGUUCUGAAGUUUAGGGUCACUAAACAUGAAUACCUUUAUUGUUUUUACUAUUCUCUCUUUUCUCUAGCUUCUGGAAAGAUGGAGAGCCCAAUAAUAAAUUCAAUGAAGACUGUGGCUUCUUGCUCCCAGAUGGUCAAUGGAAUGAUGCAAAUUGUGAUAUCGCCACAUAUUGGAUUUGUGAGGGGAAAUCUACUUGUUGAUUUUCUUAAGUGAAGUUGUGGGUUAGACCCAGGACUUAUUCUUCUAAGAUGAGUGUUCAGAUUUAGGGUAGAAACUUUCCCUCCCAGAAAAUGGUCCUGUCCCAACUCUUUGCUUGCCAAGGGCCUCAGAUUGCUAUGACAAAUCUGUGGUCACUGAUUUCUUCCCUACAAUACCUGAUUCAGCCAUAUCCAGUAAGAUGGAUAUCAAUUUAAUUUCAAGGACCAGCAUUUGGGUCAGAAUAUUCCAUAAUGUGACAAUGAGCCCUGAGCUAAGCCCACUAUGAGGUGAGUAGGAUCAAAGUAUGGGGGAGAGGUUCACUUUGGGCCUUAACACUUAGUUCUCAUAGCCUUGAUGCCUUGUUAGGUCAUCAUGCAGCUGAAAACCAUCACUAGGAGUUUGAGCUAGGGGUUUAGGCUUGCUUUCAGAUCAAGGGUUUGCUUUGCUCCAAGAAUCUCUGCUUGAUCCAAUAUGGACUGAGCUUCAAAGAAGUCUCUUGGUGUUAUAGAGUCUCUUGGAUGAGGGAAAACAUAAAAUUGAACCAAGUCACUGAGCUGGUGUGACUUCUCUAAGUCCACUCAAGAGGCUGAGCAGAACUGAACCAACCUUUGAAGAAUAGGUGAAGAAAGAUAUCUCUUCCCCCUCCUCUCCCUCUGCCCCCGCCCCAUAUUAGUCAUGUUGUGAAAGAAGAAUCAGAAUAAAAGGG